UUGUGGCUACAGUGAAGUCAUUUUUGGUUGUCGAUGUAUUUUGAAUUUACAACGAAUUUUCUCGAAAUAAGCGUUCAUUUGUUUGAAAUUUUGCAUUCAAAUUUUUAAUUAAAAUCGCAUCGAUUUUAUGAAUUUGAAAAAAAGGUCACAUCAAAUCACCGCACAGUGAAAUAAUUUCGUAUACAUGAGCGCAUUCGUACAUUCCAUGUAUUGUCAUUCCGAUUGUCGAUGAUUCAGAAUAAAAAAAAUACUCGGCUACACAACAUUUGUAACGAAUGUUUUCCCUGUCCAGAACAAAUCAGCCCAUAUAUACAUGCAACGCAGAGAAGUAGAAAUUAAAAAUCUCACAGCAACAUUUCAAAUUUACUGGUGACGAAUUGAAACCAAAAAAAAUUGUUUGAUUUCCAUUGAAUUUGCUAAAUUUAGUAGUGCAACAAGUGUCAUAUAAAAAGAUAUAUAUAUAUUUUUUUGUUCGUUCAUUAUAUGUAUCGUAAGUUUGGCAUUAUAUUAGUGGAAUCAACAUCGACGGGAAAGUGAGCAUCGUGUUUUUAUUUUGUUGCAUUUUGUUUCUUGGCUUCUCAUUGUGUCGUAAUUAAUAAGUGUGCGUGAGUGUUUUAAAUCAAAUUGAAAACAAAAUAAAGCAAUCGAAGAGAAAGAAAAAGAGAAGAAAAUAUAAAACGAGAUAGAAGCUAAACGGCGGAAACGAAAUCGAAUCGAAAAUACAAAAAAAAAUCAAAGUGACGUGAAAACAAAAGAGAAAUUAUAUCGACAAAAUAAACAACAUACAUCGAGGGAGAAAGAAAGAAAUAAGAACGAAUCAAAAUGGGCUGUGCAGUGAGUGCAUCAAGAGAUAAAGAGGCGAUAGAACGGUCGAAAAACAUUGACAGGGCAUUGCGUGCCGAUGGCGAAAGAGCAGCAUCUGAAGUGAAACUAUUGCUUUUGGGUGCUGGCGAAUCGGGAAAAUCGACCAUUGUAAAACAGAUGAAAAUCAUACACGAAACCGGCUAUUCACAAGAAGAAUGUGAACAAUAUCGACCAGUUGUCUACAGCAAUACAAUACAAAGUUUAAUGGCAAUAAUACGAGCCAUGGGACAAUUACGUAUCGACUUUGCUGACAUCAACAAAACGGAAAUUGCACGGCAAUUUUUCACAUAUGCAUCAGCAGCCGAAGAAGGUGUUUUAACACAUGAGUUAGUUUCAUUGAUGAAAAUUUUAUGGGCCGAUCCUGGUGUGCAGAAAUGUUUCGCACGAUCACGCGAAUAUCAACUAAACGAUUCAGCUGCAUAUUACUUAAACUCAUUAGAUAGAAUAUCACAUCCAAAUUACAUUCCAACACAACAAGAUGUGCUACGAACUCGAGUCAAGACAACUGGCAUCGUUGAAACGCAUUUCAGCUUCAAAGGACUACAUUUCAAAAUGUUUGAUGUGGGCGGCCAACGUUCGGAACGAAAGAAAUGGAUCCAUUGUUUUGAAGGUGUAACAGCGAUCAUCUUUUGUGUGGCAUUAUCUGGUUAUGAUUUAGUAUUGGCCGAAGAUGAAGAGAUGAAUCGCAUGAUUGAAUCAAUGAAAUUAUUCGAUUCGAUAUGCAAUUCAAAGUGGUUUGUUGAAACGUCAAUCAUUUUGUUUUUGAACAAAAAAGAUUUAUUUGAAGAGAAAAUUUCACGUUCACCAUUGACCAUAUGCUUCCCGGAAUAUACCGGUUCAAAUACAUAUGAAGAAGCGUCUAGUUACAUAAGAAUGAAAUUCGAAAAUCUGAAUAAGCGGAAAGAUCAAAAGGAGAUUUAUACACAUUUGACAUGUGCCACCGAUACAAAUAACAUUCAAUUUGUGUUCGAUGCCGUGACCGAUGUCAUCAUCAAAAACAAUUUAAAAGAUUGUGGUUUAUUUUAAGCAUGAAAAUGAAUGAUAUAUUCAUUCAAACCUAUCCGAUUAGUUUAAAGAGACAAGAGAGAGAAAAAAAGAACACAAACAAAAUCAAUCGUAAUUAAAAUUGAGAUAUCGAUAGGACACGGUAUCCCGUUUCAAUUAUACAUUAAAUAUUACAGAGGGAAAAUUAAACGAAAAAGAAUGAAACAAGCACUUAACACAAGCAGACCAAAACUUAACCAAAUUACAAUAAUAUUUCGAAUUGGCAUGUCUGUUCCAUUCUUAUUUUUUUAUAAAAAGAGACAAAUAGAAAAAAUUGCUAAUCAUUGCCAGUCAAAAAAAAAUUGAACAAAUUCACUAGAGCUCAAUGCCUGGCGCAACGCAUAGUCUCGCUCUGAAUUCCAAAUAUUAUUUUAUCCAACGAAACAAUCAAAAUCGAAACAACCAACAAACGUCCAAACAUAUUUCAUUUUGUCAAUGUUCACGCAAAUAUAUUUUAUUGACGAUGGCACGCGCACACGAACAUACUUUUAUCUCAAAUUGCAUGAACUAUUUGCUGUCUCCUUUUGUGUUGGUAUUAAUUCACAUAAUUGUAUUAAUGAUAUGACGACAACAUCUAAAUAUAUGUAUAGUUAUCUUUUUCUUUUCUAUUUUCGUUUAUCGUCAUGAAUCUAUUCGUGAAGAAAAAAAAACUUCUUCGUAUAUAAUUUUGUUCUUCUUCUUAUUCUUCUUCUUCUUCAUAGAUUACUAAUUUAUUUUUCACGCACAAAACAUAUUAGCUACAAUUCAGGUUUUUGUUUUAUCAAUCUUGACAUUAAGAAACUAUUUUGUACUCUCUUUUAUUGAUUCUAACUGCAACGAAGAGAUUCAAUUUAUAUUAACAAUAAUACAUUUUUGUUUGCUCAAACUCAAUCAAACUUCCUUUUUUGAGAUUAAUUGCAUAUGCCAUGGGAUCAAAGUAUCAUUUCUUUUAAGACAAAAAAAAAAAAUAACAAUCGAUUGGCGAGUAUUUGUUCAUGUUUGCUUUCAUAAAAAAAUAAAUCAACAUCGACGCGAAUGAAACUACUUUUCUUGUAUUUUGCAUUGAUUUUGUUUAUAAUAAAUCAUUUGAAUAGGACACAGCAACCACCUAAUCUUUAUACUCGCAAAACACAUGUAUGCAAUGAGUAAAGAGAACAUUUUUUAACGCACAAAUUUACACUAAACAAAAAAAAACAAAAACAAAAGAAUAU